UUAUCCAACCAUUUCUCACUCACUCUCUCUCUCUUUCUCUCAAACUCAAGCUCAAAAUCAUGGCGUCUAUGGUACUCAUAGCUCCUUCUCCACCUCCUACCUCUUACCAAUCACUUACUCUAUCUUCUCGCUUUUCCUUCUCCAAGUCCCAAACCUUAGCCAACUCUCUCUCCUCCUCCUCUACUGUUUCUCUCUCACUCUCUACAGUUACUUCACCCACGCUCCCUUCAGUGUACUGUGGCAGAGGCGAUAGGAAAACCGCUAGAGGAAAACGUUUCAACCACUCCUUUGGCAAUGCUCGGCCAAGAGACAAGAACAAAGGGAGAGGGCCACCGAAGGUACCGGUUACUCCGGCUCCGCCAAAGAAAGAUAAGUUCGAGGAUGAUACAAUUGUCAAGAUUGAAAUUGAUGAAUCUCUGUCUUCUAACUAAUAGUGCAAAGUAUUUUUAAUUUUUAAUUUUUUUUCCUUUUUUUUUUUAAUGUUAAUUUUGAACCUCGGAAAGCUUUAUUUUGUUGUUGUUGUUGUGAUUAUUUCACUGUUGUGGCUGUAUGAUUUUUACAAUUUGCUUUCUACUUAUGGCAGUGCUCAUAUAUAACAUUAGAGGGCCACGUAUUGAGUUUC